AUGAUGGCACAGACCAUUAUGGUGAUUAUCUAUCCCAACACGACAGUGGCUAGCUGCUUUGCUGUCUGUGGAUGCGCUGGCUACGUAUGGACUACAUGGCAGGUUGUGAUCGUUGUCCUCUUCCCUGCCUUCACCCAGAUGAAUCACAACAAGUGCAUCCUCAUGGGUUUCAACUCACAGGAUGCAGACUCGCUGGUGUCGGCUUUCCGCCAGGUGCUCAAAGCAGUUUGCGACGGGGACUUGUUACUCGACGAGGAGUUGAAGAUCUGCGCGGGCUCCAGUUGUUUGAAGCGCAUCCUGGAGACACCGGAAGAUGCAACAGGCCGCGCUUUCGGCGACCUCAUUGCCGAGGACGGGGGAUCGAGACGCCUGGUGAGUGCUGACGUGUUUCACGUCGCGCUUCCCAAGACGCUGGGCGUAUCGUCUGGGCGGCAUUUGCUGGCAAUCGCGGAAGAUGCAGACUCUCGAAGCUACCAAACGGAUGCUGAGAAGGAUUCCAUCCCAAGCAGCCUGCUGAGCAGGAUCCUCUUUGGUCGGCAGUCCAGGUGCCUUCCACCAUCGGUUACAUCUUUGGACAGCGGCAUUACUGAGAACAUUCAAAUGUUCGAGGAGCUCUCCCAGUUGACGCUGACGCUGAAUGCCGGCACCGAGCUAAUUGACAUGCCCGAAGUUGUGAUGCGUUUCUCACGGCGCAGCGAUGAGGACAAGAUUGGGUUGGGCAUGCCCUCUCUGAAGAAGUUCCUCCGUCCACUCGACUGGUUCCCGCUGGAAGCAAAGCUUCGACAGUACGCCCGGGUCGCACGGAAGGAGCUUCCAGCACAGAAGAAGCUUGCACCCCUGAUGUUCCGGGUCCCUGGAGACUCCAGGAGCUUCAUUCGUGCCCGAGACGUAACUUUGAAGUCUGUCUUCAACGGGCCCCGUUCCGCUACGCAGCCGGCCUUGCUACAUCUGACCCUGAGUAAUUUCAAUGAGGAGCGGCGCAAACCGACUACUGAGCCGUCUUCCCUGACUUGCGUAGAAGAGACUUCCCAGGCCAGGAGGAUCCUUCCCACAGAAAUCCAGGAGUGA